CCGGAACAGGAGCGCCGGCGGCUGGAGUCCCGGAGAGGCAUGGCUGCUGCCGCGCUGCUUGCCCGGGCCUGCGGCCCCAUCCGCGGAGCUCUCCGUCGGCAGUUACAUACUAUCUACCAGUCUGUUGAACUGCCCGAGACACACCAGAUGCUGCGUCAGACAUGCCGGGACUUUGCCGAGAAGGAGCUGGUUCCCAUCGCGGCCCAGAUAGACAAGGAACACCGCUUCCCAGCGGAUCAGGUGAAGAAGAUGGGCGAGCUUGGGCUUCUGGCCAUGGACGUGCCGGAGGAGCUGAGUGGUGCCGGCCUCGAUUACCUGGCCUAUGCUAUCGCCAUGGAGGAGAUCAGCCGGGGCUGUGCCUCCACCGGCGUCAUCAUGAGCGUCAACAACUCUCUCUACUUGGGGCCCAUCCUAAAGUUUGGCUCCAAGGAGCAGAAGCAGAAGUGGAUCACGCCUUUCACCAGCGGCGACAAAAUUGGCUGCUUUGCCCUCAGUGAACCAGGGAAUGGCAGCGACGCGGGAGCCGCCUCCACCACCGCCCGGGAAGAGGGUGACUCGUGGGUCCUGAAUGGUACCAAAGCCUGGAUCACCAAUUGCUGGGACGCCUCGGCCACCGUGGUCUUUGCCAGCACCGACAGGUCCUUGCAUCACAAGGGCAUCAGUGCCUUCCUGGUUCCCAUGCCAACACCCGGGCUCUCCUUGGGGAAGAAGGAAGACAAGCUGGGCAUCAGGGCCUCAUCCACAGCCAACCUCAUCUUUGAGGACUGUCGCAUCCCCAAGGACAACCUUCUGGGGGAGCUGGGGAUGGGCUUCAAGAUAGCCAUGCAAACCCUGGACAUGGGCCGCAUUGGCAUUGCCUCCCAGGCUCUGGGCAUCGCCCAGGCUGCCCUUGACUGUGCUGUGAACUACGCGGAGAAUCGCAAGGCCUUUGGGGCGCCCCUCACCAAGCUCCAGAGCAUCCAGUUCAAGUUGGCGGAUAUGGCCCUGGCCCUGGAGAGUGCCCGGCUGUUGACCUGGCGUGCUGCCAUGCUGAAGGAUAACAAGAAGCCUUUCACCAAGGAGGCAGCAAUGGCCAAGCUGGCUGCGUCAGAGGCUGCAACUGCCAUUAGCCACCAGGCCAUUCAGAUCCUGGGUGGCAUGGGCUACGUGACAGAGAUGCCAGCCGAGCGGCACUACCGUGAUGCCCGCAUCACCGAGAUUUAUGAAGGCACCAGUGAGAUCCAGAGGCUGGUCAUCGCAGGGCACCUGCUGAAGAGCUACCGGAGCUGAGCCGCUGAGGACUGUGGGCAAGGGAGUGGGAGCCACGUGGCCUUAACUCUGACUUCCGGACACGGGGUGGACGGGCAGGGGCCAAGCCUCCUCCGGCCAGGGCCACCCCGCCAGCCCUUCGGGUGCGGCCCUCUGCCUGCCCAGACCAGGGUGCCUGGGAGCAGGUCUCGGAGAAAGGCGAGGCGAGGGGGCGCCGACCCGUGUCUCAGGACAUCCACCUGCAAGCUUUCCCUCGGCGUCCCUCCCGCCUCACCACCGUGCCUUAUUUCUUCGUCCGAGGGAUGUGGCCUCCUGAAGGCAGGGCCGUGGGAAGGCUGAGUGACCACUGUGGGACUCCCUUGUUCCCAUGGGCCCUGGUGCUCAGCAGGCCGGUGGGCCUGGAUCUUGGCCAUGUCUGCUCUUUUCCCUGAGGUUAGGGGUCAGGAGGAGGAGUGGGUGGGGGCAGGAAUGACCAGGCCCCAAAGUAGCAGAAUUUUCGCGCUCAGGCCCUGGGCUGUCUGGGGAAGGCGGUGGGGCUGCGUCAUUAGGAGCCAUGAACCUGUGCUCUGUAAGGUACAAUGAGUGCAGGUGGGUGGUCUGAUUCGGCUUUGGGACAGUCACGUGUAGGAUAAGUAAUAAAGCAUACGUGUCCCCGAGCUCCUCGUGUCCUUGCCUGCGCUCUGCUGGGGAGGAAAGAUGGUCUUUGGUGGGCUUUCUGACAAACACCACUCUGUGUGUGUGUGUGUGUGUGUGCGUGUCUGGCUGUUGCAGGAGGGUCUGUC